AUGGCAUUGUCCGAAUUUUUAGCAUGGCUGAAUUCCUUAAGUGAAGGGAAAGUUAUUUUAGCGGCCCACAACGGAAAGGUUUUCGAUAUGAAAUUCCUAUUGAAGUAUGUCACAGAAACAAAUUGCUUUAAUCUCUUCUGUGAAAAUGUCUAUGGAUUUAUUGACACACUACCUCUCCUUAGAAAACAGAAACCAAGGAUGAAGUCAUACAAACUAACUAAUCUGUAUGAACAGACAUUUGGUGUUACAUUCGAAGCUCACGACGCAUUACAUGAUGCAAAAGCUUUACAGGAUAUUAUCAAAGACCGGAGCAUAGCGUUCAAAGAAAUGGAAAGCUAUGUUUUGACUGCAGCAGAAGCAGUAAACUAUUUCUUGAAUAGGUGUCGGUCACGUGCUUGUGCUGCUGAAAUUGAGAAAAAAUAUUUAAAAAUGAAAAGAGUUAUUACAUGUUCUAUGGCAAAAAAGAUCUCUGAAAGUGGACUUUCUUACGACCAUUUAAACACGGCAUGCUUACGUGAUCCCGAAAAUGGAAUAAAAUUGUUGCUUUCAGAAAAAGUCAACGGGAAACCGAGAGUUACAAACAGAACGGCCAUAAUCAAGUCUAUAAAAUCACACUUUGACACUGUCCAUUCACAGCUACUUAGCUAG